GUGUUGGCGUACAUCAGUGGGACCCUGUCAAACAAACCUGGAGCAUCCCUGGUCUACCCCAUGCCCUCCCGGAAUGUGUCACUGCGGCUGCAGGGCCUCCAGGAGAAAGACUCCGGGUCCUACCUCUGUUCCGUGAACGUGCAUGACAGUCAAGGCAAAGAGAGGGGCCAUGGCAGCAGAAGUUUAAAACUCAAUGUGCUGGUUCCUCCAGCUCCUCCAUCCUGCCGUCUCCUGGGCGUGCCCCGUGUGGGGACCAACGUGACCCUGAGCUGCCAGUCCCCAAGGAGUAAGCCCGCUGCCCAGUACCAGUGGGAGCGGCCACCCCCAUCCCCUCAGGUUUUCUUUGCACCAGUUUUAGGUGAGGGAACUUGUGGAGACAAGUGACACUGUGGCUGGGGUGGGGGAAAGACCAGAGGUACCAGAGAGACUGGGGUGAACAGGGGAGGCGCUGCUGAGAAGUCCUGGG